GGAGGGGCGGGCGAAUAAAAAGGGCUGAGGUGGCGGUGGGAACAGGUGAGGCAAGGUGAAGGCCCACUCGUGAGGAGCACUGGCUGAGAUGCAGGCAGCUGCAGCCGCAGGGCCUGGCGAGGAGACCACGGGGGCCUCAGCCUCCCAGGGCCUGCCCGCCUGUGUUCCCGCUUCGGACCCCGAACCCAAGGAGGCGCCCGGCUUAAGCCAACUGCCCAUCGAGAUGCUCCUGGAAGUGCUGAGCUACCUGCCCACAAGCGUGCUGCUCGGGCAAUGCCGCCACGUGUGCUGGUACUGGCGCUACCUGGUGGACACCCGGGCCGUGUGGCUGAGCAUCCUACCCUACAGCCACGCUAAGCUGUGGCCCGUCUUCCGAACCUGCCUGCCCCCAGACGACGACGACGACCCCAGGCCCUGCCUCCUGGGCCGCUUCUGCGAGCGCAGACCCUUAGGACGCAAUCUCUACCCGAACCCCCAUGGCAUAGACGCCUUCCUGCCUUGGAGGACAAUCAACUGUACAAGCUGGAGAGAGGAGGAAAGCUGGGAGGAAGACCGCAGGCUAGUUCCCGAGGACUCUUUCCAGCCUUUCUACAGGUGGUGCUACAAGAAGCAAGUGUUAGACCUGGAAAAGGAGGGUCUGUGGCCGGAACUCCUGGAUAGUGGAAAGAUUGAGAUUUGUGUCUCUGCCUGGUGGGCAGACCAAGAAGCCUCGGUCUGUCUGUAUGAGCUAAUUGUCCAACUUCUAGAUGCCAAGCAGGCCAAGCUACAUCAUUUGUCUCCUAGGCCAAUCCAUCAAGGUACAACCAGUAUCCCUUUUAAGACCAACCACGUGUUCUCCAGCCUCAAGAAGGGCGUCCGCUUUGUGUCUCUGGAACACUGGAUUUGGGACAUGGGGUUCCUGCCUGAGGACUAUGGAAUCAUCGUGCCCAAGGCCAGUGUGAUUGUACGGGUCUGUCAACCCUAGUAGAGGACUGUCCUUGUUAAAGAACCUGACCAUGCCUUCCAGCACCGUUGGCUGGGCCACCUCAAUAAUCAAGGGCUUGUAGUUCCUGCCAUCCUGGGAUCUCCUGGGUCCAAUCAAGGGUUCUACUGGGCCCUGUCUUUCAAUUCUACGAGAAGCUAUGAGAAGAACGUAUUUGCAUCAGGUCUACCAGCUGCUGCGGCUUUAAUGCAGCCCCUGUUCUACGGAGUGGAGACACACGGGUGAACACAGGGAGAUGGUGAGAGGGCUCCUCGCCCCCCCUCCACAUGCCAGGCCCCUCUGGUUCUGCCCCUGUACCCUCUGCCCUUCUGUUCCUGCUGCAGAGGCUUCAUUGGUCACUUCCCAGAAGCUCUCUCCUCACCUCUGAACUAGAAGCUCAGUCCUUGUGGCUGAGUAAUUCCAGCCCCUAAACUGUAAUUUCAAACCUGGGACCAAGACUCAAGAGCUGAAAGUAAAGCUCAAAAAAUGUUUGGAGGCAGAGGGUUCUGCCUACCCUGUAAGCAAUGAAUUGAUCCCCUAUAUACAACUGCUCUGAGUUGUAUAGUGUAUAAAAUUAUUUUGUUACUUUGAAAUCCUUUUUAAAUAUGGAGAGAGUAAAUCAGGAAGAUAUCUGUUGAUCAUAGGUAAUAAAAUCUUGCCAAAGCUGAAUAGAAAUACAGUGUUAACAGCUUGAUGACUACUCAGUUCAGAGUAAGGCGUUGUUGCAGUUGAGAGAAAACUGUAUAGAAGAAAACAACUGUAGAAGGCAUUCUCCAGCCAAGAGAAUGGAAGAGUCAGAACCCGAUUUCCCAAGCUCUAAGGAACUCAUGGGAUUAGAGAUGAUCAGUCAGGGUUAGAAGCUUAGGCAGGUGGUGGAUGUGGGCACCGUGUCACAGUGACACCACAUUUGUGACAUUCUGGUCACGAGGGUGAGAGAGAACCGUGCAACAGCAGGAUCCGGCUGUCCCCACCCCAGUCCAGGGGCCAUGGCUGCCCCCUCCCUGCUGCAGGAUCCCUAGGGAGCUCCAGGUCUCCGGAUGGGAAGCAGAUGAAGCCGCUGCUGCCUUUGACGUGUCCACCCUGAACUGUCCCCCCACCUGCAGUAGACGAUGGGACACACCCCGAGGGGGAUGGUGUUUCAUCACUUUCAUCCAAAGGGAAGUGUGACAGGUUGAAACUGACCUGAGAGUCAUGACCACAUGUAGUAUGUGGUUCUGGAGUAGAUAUACUGGUUUGGACAGUGAAGCUCUGGAGGAUAUUUUUCGGUCAGCUGGAGGACUUGGGAUAGAAGGAAUAUGAAACAAGCAUUUACAGGAAGGGAAAGGUGGACACCAUUGCCUGAAAAAAGAACCAUAUGAUUUAAUUUUGAUGUAUAUAUACUGCAGUCUGGCGUGCUGCAGUCCAUUGGGUCACAAAGAGUUGGACAUGACUUAGGGACUGAACAACAAUAAGUCCUUCUGUCUACAUUGUGCAUAUAUGCAUUCAUAUACAGGUAUUUGUAUAUAUGCCACAUUAAAAUAGAAUACGUAUAUAUCCUUGUAUUCUUGACUGCCUUCUGGAUAUAUACAGAAGAACUAAAGCGUUGCAGGGUUAUUGCAAUGGUGAUAGGUGCAUAGUUGUGAUUUUUGUAGUUAUUGAUUUUGCUUAUCUAAAUUUCUCCUUUUCUACAUGCUCAUGUGUAGAAAUACAGUGUUAUACACAAAUAAGUAUUCUCCAAUACAGUUUCCUUUUCCAUAAAUAACCACAUUUAGAAAUUGUCUUUGCUGACAAAAUUGUUUUGUGUGUGUGUGUGUGUGAUUCUAAUUCUUUUUUUUCCCAAAAAACUUUAAACUUUUUAUUUUGUUUUGGGGUGUAGCCAAUUAACAAUGCUGUGUUCAUUUCAGAUGAACAGCAAAGGGACUCAGCCAUACAUAUACACGUAUCCAUUCUCCCGCUUCUAAUUGUUUGUAUUAAUCAUGGCCUUUAGUGUGUUGAAGAGGACUCUGAGGUUCUCAGUGUUCUCAUCUAUUUGCACACAUGAAGUAUAGUCCACGAUGGCUACACAUCCCCCAUGGCCAUUCUCACCUCCAGCAUUCACUUGGGUUGUGGUCACAUUAAACGUGGCACACCAUUAACCAGGAUGCAGUGGUAAGGAGCCAUAGCUUCUAAAAUGCCACUUGGCCGGCUUGAAAGCUCUCAUUUCUCAGUAGAGUUCUAACCAUUUGUGAAACAUGGUUCACCCUGAAAUUGCCUUUGGAAAAUUUUCACCGCAGAAAUAGUUGCCAGUUUUUUAUUUAUUUUCUACAGUUCCUGUCUGUCCCUCCUGUAUGGUCAUUACUGUGCAUGCCAAAGUAUCUUUCCAUUUAAGUGUGUUUAAUUUUGUCCUUAUAUGUUGCUUACUUCUCUUGGGCUGGGACUUCUUUAUCUUCCCAGGGACCAAGUAGCCCAAAGUCAUUGCUUUUUUUUAAUGAUGAUCAUGAUUAGCUGUUGGAUUAUUCUAUAAAAUUGAAUUUUUCUCCUAGAAGUCAUUGGAAUCUUGUAUUAUUCUUAAAUAUAUGAUUAUUCUUUUGUGUUUAUUGUUUAGAUUUAUUUAAGACAAACUAACAAAAAAUUUUAAAAACUAUA